CCGCCCCGCCCCUGCCACGUCUCAUUGGUCCACGCCGGCACGUGAUGCCUACGCGUGGUUGGGCGCCAAAUUCAAACCGAUGUGUGCUGUGAGAGUGCCAGAGCCCGGAAGCGCCGCUGCCUGCCCGGGGAGGUGGAUUUGUUCUCAUCCCUUUCAAUGGAGAGUGACUGUAGAAGUCAAUGAUGAGGACCAGCCCUCGCAGGCCUUUAAUUCUGAAAAGACGGAAACUGACCCUUCCACAGAAUGAUGUGCCCAGUACCUCAGCAAGAGAUGAGAACAGUGGCCAGGAUGAAAACACUCCUAAGCAGGAGGUCAGCCAGCAGGACCAGCACAACAGCCAACCCAGAGACAAAAUGGACUACGGCCUGCAGAAAUUCCCAACAGGAAUAAAGAUAAUUGACCAUCCUACCAUGCCCAACACACAAGUGGUGGCCAUCCCUACAGAUGCGGAUAUCCAGAGCAUCAUAGAGGCACUGACGGCAAAAGGAAAAGAAUGUGGCAACAAUGGGCCCAACAAAUUCAUUCUCAUUAGCAGUGGGAGCACAUCCCGUUCAGCAGGUCCAACACCAGCACAGCAUCUCUCAUCAGAGAAGAAACCCAGUACAGUAACUAAGGCAGCAGAUGGUCAAGAAAGAGAGAGGAAUGUUACACAGACACCUGGUCUUGCAGGAGGGACAAUGCUCUGGCAUUCAAGAAUCGAUUCUGUGGCUGGACAGGAACAGGAGAGCAACAGUAUCUAUGGGCUUGUUACCCCUACAGGCAAGACAACGAGCUCUGUGUUGGACAAUAGUCUCACUAACAUCCAGUGGCUGGGGAAGAUGAAAUCUGAUGGGCUAAGUCCCUGUUCUGUGAAGCAAGACACAGGGAAAGAGAACCAGAUGCCUCUGCAGGAAACAGUCAAGGGUGAAGCAGAUUCUGCUGCUGAUGAUAUUCCUGCCGCUACUGCUGCCUCAUGGCAGGAUUCAGUAUCAGAACGACCUCCUUACUCCUACAUGGCCAUGAUCCAGUUUGCCAUCAACAGCACUGAGAAGAAGCGUAUGACCCUAAAGGACAUCUAUACCUGGAUUGAGGAUCAUUUCCCAUAUUUUAAACAUGUGGCUAAGCCAGGUUGGAAGAAUUCCAUUCGGCACAACCUGUCCCUUCAUGAUAUGUUUGUCCGUGAAACAUCCGCUAACGGUAAAAUUUCAUUCUGGACUAUUCAUCCUGAUGCAAACCGUUGCCUAACACUGGACCAGGUAUUUAAGCCGCUGGACUUGCGGUCACCAACAUCGCCUGAGCAUUCUGAAUCACAGCAAAAAAGACAUCUUCCAGAUCCCCAGAAGAACAUGGGAAGCAACAGCAGUAGCAAAACUGAACCCCCAAACGCACGCCGAAAGAUGAAGCCUUUGCUUCCUCGUAUCAACUCCUACCUGGUUCCGAUCCAGUUUCCUUUGAGUCAGCCUCUUGUCUUGCAGCCUUCUGUAGCCAUGGCACAGGGAGCAUCCAUCAACAGCUCAGAGACUUUCGGAAGCAAUAAGCGUGUGUGCAUUGCUCCAAAGAUGUCACUCUCUACAGAAGAGUCAUCUUCUCUAACCAUGGCUGCUGUCAAGGAGGAAAGUCAAUGUAAUGAAGGUUUAUUUUCCCCAACCCAUUGCCUAAAGGAGAGCAGCUCCCAGCCUGAUGGGGGAUCAGCUUCUUUCACUGAAAACAUCUGUAUUAAUGAGGAAGAAGGCUCUCAACUGGAUGACUGGCUGUCCCCAUUUGCUUCAACCCUAACAGUAAAGGAAGACCCAGGCUUGUUACUCCCAGUCUCAUCCACAAAGGAGAAGAAACAAUUUACCCUACUGAAGUCACCAUCUAAGACUGUUUCUGACACUUUAGUUAUAAAGAGACGGGAAAGGCGGGAAAUGAGCAGAUCCAGAAGGAAACAACGCCUAGCAUUGCCUUGCUCAGAAGAGCCUGUCCUUGUUUUGCCAGAAAGCAAUGGCUUUGACCGUUUUCGGUUAGGGGCAGACCACCCCUUCCUGCAGGAAAGCCAGCCUCUUGAGAAUGCAUCACAGCUCAGCUGCUCACAGGGGGAAGAGGGGCCUUUUAAAACACCAGUCAAAGAGAUGUUCAGCAAAUUGCCCAUUUCUUCUACUCCCAGCAAAGUCUCAGCAGCUACCCCCCCACUAGGGGGCCUUGACCCCUGGAAGCCAGCAUCCUUAACCAAGGAAAGUCACGAGCUGGACUUCAGUCCAGUGAGAACCCUUCAAUUGCCAUUCACCCCCCUCCGGGAGAACCAGGACUUGCUUGGUUUUAACACCACACCUCUUAAAAAUCCCCUCUUUGAGUCCCCUCGGGAACUGCUCAAUACAGAAUCCAGUGACAUGGUGCAUAUCCCCAUUACAAGCUCUCCAUCUUUUACGCAUGAGUCUACCAAGCAAUUAUCUGUUGAACUGCCAGCUUCUGGCUUUACUGAAAACCGUUCACUCAUGGAAGGCCUUAUCCUUGAUACCAUGAAUGACAGCCUGAGCAAAAUUCUCCUAGAUAUCAGCUUUCCUGGUCUUGAGGAUGAACACUUAGGAACAGAUAUUAGUUGGUCUCAUCUUAUACCUGAACUGAAGUAAACUGGCCUGAGGACUGAAUUUGGCUUGUUCUGAUAUUACAGAAAGCACUCUACUCUUCUGAGAUCUGUUCAUGUAGUCUAGGAAGACUGCUUUUGACUAAAUACCAAAUGCAUGGUAACACAGGGCAUUAUUGACUCCUGCUAAGCUGGGAGACAGGCCCAUUGGCUGCUAUGAGCUCCCUUUAUAUGUUGCAAUAGGUUUUAUGUGGAAUAAGAUAGAAGCUCUCUAACCUCGUGCUAGAGAGAGGUUCCUGGAGAGAGGUUAUCAAGGGAACACCUAUGUAGACCCUGAAUGGCAUUUGCUACUCAAGGUAUCAGACGAAAUGGAUACACUCCUCAGUUAUGUACAAUAGGAAAGAACCUGGGAACCUCCUCCUAGCUCUGUCCUUACUUCCCUUCACUUUGUUCUCCUAUUACUUAGUAUCUUCUGUGUAAUUUUCAUGGCUGUAAAUACUGUACAUUCCUUAAAUUAGCUUUUAAUUAUAAUAAUAUAAUUUUAUUCUUGUAGGGUUAUGUGAAUAUUUGGGCUGGUAAAGGGUUUGUCUUAGAGUGUUGUCUGUAUGUUGUACAUCUCCUGUAUUCUACCCUAGGUGACAGCCCCAAGUACUUUUUUUCUUCUUUGACUGCAGAAACACAUUGGUUUAGGCUAUUCUGAAAGUUCCCUGGGGCAAAAAUCUGAAAAAACACCUUUAUAUAAUUCAAGUCAAAGUGAAAUAGUUUGUUAUCUGGAUUGGAGCAUAAAAUUUGGUUUGGCUUCCUUUUCUGAGGCUGGAAUGGAAAAGAACUUGGAUCAAACUCAAUAGCUUUUCUGGUUCCAGACUCCUGCUAUUAUGUACCUAAAGGACUGGGUAGAGUCACUGUUGCAUUAAGGUGGACUUCUAUUGACUGGUUGAAGUUGCCCUUAUUACAAUCAUAAGUUGAAAAUGUUAAAGAAUCCUAUAAAGUGAAUGCUGGUAUUUCCACUGAAAAGCAACCUCUGGAAACACAAGGUAUGUUUUGCUUAGUGCAAUAGGACAACUCAUCCCAGUUUCCUAGAACUCAUGUCAAAAAAGGAAAUUGCCAUAAAAAGACCCGAACCUUCUGCUUUUAGGCAAAUGAUGGUUCAUGUAUCUACAUACUCAAUAAAGCUGCUGUGGGAACACA